AGAGACCGGGAGACAGAUCGAGGACGGACUCUGCUGGAUCUGGAUCUGGUUUUGAGGUUCUGCUUGUUGGAGAUCUGGAUCAUGGUGGAGGCCACGUCGAAACCAGCUGCUGUUCUACUGCUGGUUCUACUGAACAGCUGCCUGGCCCAGCAUGUGUUCCUGGAGAGCCAGUCGGCCUCUCAGCUGUUGGUCAGGGACCGACGAGCCAAUCAGAUGUUUGAGGAGGUGAAAUCAGGGAACCUGGAGAGAGAGUGUGUUGAGGAGAUCUGUGACCAUGAAGAAGCCAGAGAGGUGUUCGAACAGCCGGAUAAAACGGAGAUCUUCUGGACCAAGUAUCUGGACUGUAAAGGGACUGAGAUGAUCAGAACUCAAGACAACAUCGACCUGGUCAGACGGUGUAUAGAAGGUCAGUGUAUUUCAGGUUCUGGUUCAGGUGUGAACUACGAAGGAAACAUCAACAUCACACAAUCAGGACGAACAUGUCAACACUGGAGGCACAGCUUCCCACAUCCCAUAAUAAGGGAGUUCAACUCUUCAGAACCAGACAGCGUCCUGCAGGAGAACUUCUGUCGGAACCCCAACAACCGUCCAGAGGGACCCUGGUGUUUCACCACCGACCCCACGGUCCAGAAAGAGACCUGCAGGGUCCCCACAUGUGGUCAGGACUUUGUCCCGCCCACCGUGGCCCCUGAACCAAUCAGAACCAGCGAUUGUUUACUCAACUACGGUGUGGACUACAUCGACGACCUGGCGGUCACCCUGGGGGGUCACACCUGUAUGGCGUGGUCCUCGCUGGAGGCCACGGAGCGCAGCGUGGACAAGGAAUUCAUCCCCGAGGUCAGUCUCCAGGGCAACAAGUGCCGUAACCCUGACAAAGACCCCGAGGGCCCCUGGUGCUACGUGAAGGUCUCUGGAAACGUGACCAUCGACUACUGCGACCUGGAGCUGUGUGAGGACCUGCUGGUGGACGACCUUCUGACCUCAGAGACUGAAGGUCGCGAGCGCUCUGUCCUCACGACCAAGAAACUCUUCUUCAGCCCUCGAACCUUCGGACAAGGAGAGAGUGUGUGCGGAGAACGCCCCUUGUUUGAAGCUCUGAAGAAAGAGGAUGCGAAGGAGGGCGAGCUGCUGGAGUCAUACCGGGAACAACGCAUCGUCGGGGGCGACGACGCCGAGGUGGCCUCGGCACCAUGGCAGGUGAUGCUGUACAAGCGCAGCCCUCAGGAGCUGCUGUGCGGCGCCAGUCUGAUCAGCGAUCAAUGGAUCCUCACCGCCGCUCACUGCAUCCUCUACCCGCCCUGGAACAAGAACUUCACUGCCAACGACAUCCUGGUCCGACUGGGGAAACACAACCGGGCCGCGUUUGAGCGCGGCUUAGAGAAGAUCGUGGCCAUCAGUGAGAUCAUCGUCCACCCAAAGUACAACUGGAAGGAGAACCUGAACCGGGACAUCGCUCUGCUGCACCUGAGACGACCCGUCACCUUCACCGAUCGGAUCCACCCCAUCUGCCUGCCGACCAAGAAGGUCGCCAAGACGAUGCUGUCUGCCGGAUAUAAAGGUCGAGUCACCGGUUGGGGGAACCUGCAGGAAACCUGGAACCCCUCAGCCAGAAAUUUACCCAAAUACCUCCAGCAGAUCCAUCUCCCCAUCGUCGAGCCGAACAUCUGCCGGAGCUCCACGUCCGUCAGGACCACCGACAACAUGUUCUGUGCCGGUUAUAAACCGGAGGACGCCCAUCGUGGAGACGCCUGUGAGGGAGACAGCGGUGGACCGUUUGUGAUGAAGUACCCGGCAGAGAACCGCUGGUACCAGAUGGGCAUCGUGUCGUGGGGCGAAGGCUGCGACCGCGACGGGAAGUACGGCUUCUACACCCACGUGUUCAGGAUGAGCCGCUGGAUGAGGAAGAUCAUCGACGCGGCGGGAAAAGACGACGGCGACGAUUAGACUCAUUUCCUGUUUCCUGUUGUGACUGUUCAGCAACAGAAUGCUAAUAAAGUUUAUCCACAUCCUACAA